UAUCCUCGAUCAUGUGAAAAAUGGACACUCAAAUCAAUUGGAAGAGACUGGAGGAAAUUUAAGUCUAGUUUGAAAGAUGUUUUCUUCAAACCCGCCAUUGAAAAAAAAUCCAAACAUCAAGCGAAAGGCUUUGUAUAAGCUCUGUCCAGAAGAUGUGGACAGCGAUCAAUGGCGUGGGCUUGUUAAAUAUUGGAAGUCCAAAAAAGGAAGGGCCCUUGCCGAGAAGAACAUAAUUAGUCGUUCCCUCGUGAAGGAUUCACAUAAUGCUGGCACAAAGAGUUAUGCUUGUUGGGGCGAAGACAUGAGGCAAGCUGAUCCUGAAAAGAAACGACCACACAGAUCAAAGGUUUAUUUAGCAACUCACAAGAAGAAGGACGAUGCUGAUGCUAAAAAUAAAGAUAGAAAUAAGCGCCUGGAUCGAUUGGAGAAUCUAAUAACCGAACGACCAGAGUUGGCACAAAAUUUGAAUGGAAGAGUCGCAUGGGAAGGUGAUGCCCUGCAGGAAGUGUUAGGGAAAGAAAAGAUUGGACAAGUGCAUGGCAUGGGUUUGCUUCCAACUCCUAAGCAAGUCUACGGUCGGACGCCACGGUAUCUAAAGAACAUCAAUAUGACUACAACUGAUGGAUCACCAUAUGAAGUUGAACAUGACGUUUGGGAGGUAAUAGCAAAGAUGAAGGAGCAUAUAAAAAAGCAAGACCAGAUUAUUAAAGAUAUGAAUAACAAAGAAGGCUAUGUCAAUAAUGGCAUAGAAGAGGAAAACCUCCAAUCAAAUGAUAAUGGUAUUUCUCGGUCACCAGUACUGCUUGGUAAAACAAAGAGAAUCCAAUGCAAUGGACCCGUUGAGGCACGCUCGUCUAUGCAACAUGACAUUCCUGAGGAUAAUACUUUAUCACGUUCGCAUGAAAAGGUUGGCGACCAUGAUGUCAACCAAUUACAAAUUCAACAAAAUUCAUCAUCACCACAAGACCUUGUUAUUGAUUCUGUGCUAGAGGUGAGGGAAAUGAGGAAUAUUACGGGUGAAUCUGUUUCAAGACCGAACCAGCAAAGGACUAGAACUGAACACCCACACCGCUCAAAAAGAGGGCGUUCUUCUUCCAUCAAGGUAGAGAUUCACCAAGUAGCAUGGUUUACUGCACCCAAAUUACCAACCCAAACCCUCAUUAUCAUGUCUGCUUGAAAAAUGGAUUUUAUUACAAUUUUUGCUCAAUCUGCUAUAUGCAAGUAAACGAUAAAUUUAACCAAGCAUGAGCUUGCGAGGUGACCUUGGGCAUUAGACUUCGUUGCCGGGUCCAGUUUAUUUAGUUUCUUAGGGCACCUUAGUGGGUUGACAUUAAAAAGAUCUCAUAUUAUUCAUGCAAGUUAUAUUAUCAUGUCAUAGAAUUCUAAUAUUGAUCAUAAUAUAGGCUGCUUCCGAAGUAGUCUUAAAGACUUCAACAUAUCCCAACAAGCGGAAUGUUGCGUAUGGUACUAUUCGGAGUACUGAUCCAAGAACUAAGGCUGGUGGUAUUGAGUUAGGUGCUGAAUUUGCUCUUGUGCGCAUAGACGAACCUAUUCUUGAUAAUGAGGAGUUGGUAAGGGAAGUUUCUGAUUGCAAGACAACUGGCGAGGCUUUCACUUCAGGAUACUUAAUUGCCUGGCCUUCAGCUUUUAUUCGAGAGAAGGAUGGUUGAUUUGCAGUUGAAUUCUUGGAUCAAGAAGCAAAUAAAAUCUGAAGAUUUUAGCUACCAAUAGUUGUAGUUUACAUUGAUAGAUUUAAAAGUGUAAUAUCAUCCAGAAGAUCUUUCUCUUUCAUCGAAUUGAUGCAAAUGCGACAGUGUAAUAUUCCCCAUAGUUGUGUUUUUUAUCCUCAAAAUUAUAUGACUGGUAUCUUUAUUGUAAUGCAUAUGUAUCAUACACUCUUCUAUAUUCGUAAUAAAUA